GGCGGCGCGGUGGUUUGUGGGAUGGUGCGGUGACGUCAUGUGGCUGUACUGUAGACUGGAGGAGGGGAAGGAGCAGCUGAUGCUGAGCUCUCAUCUCUAAGGAUAAGCAGCAGACAAAUCUGUAAAGAUGGGGGAACUUUUCAGGAGUGAAGAAAUGACGCUGGCGCAGCUUUUUCUCCAGUCUGAAGCUGCCUACUGUUGUGUCAGUGAACUGGGCGAGCUGGGAAAAGUGCAGUUCCGAGAUUUGAAUCCUGAUGUCAAUGUUUUCCAAAGGAAGUUUGUCAAUGAGGUUAGAAGAUGCGAAGAAAUGGAUCGAAAAUUACGGUUUGUGGAGAAAGAAAUUAAGAAGGCGAAUAUCCCUAUUCUUGACACUGGUGAGAACCCAGAAGUACCCUUUCCAAGGGACAUGAUUGACCUUGAGGCCAAUUUUGAGAAGAUUGAGAAUGAGCUGAAAGAGAUUAAUACAAAUCAAGAGGCGCUGAAGAGGAACUUUCUGGAGCUGACGGAGUUGAAAUUCAUUCUGCGCAAAACUCAGCAGUUUUUUGACGAGGCUCAAUUACAUCAUCAUCAGCAGAUGGCGGAUCCUGACCUGCUGGAAGAGUCGUCAUCUCUCCUGGACCCCAGUGAGGUGGGAAGAGGAACCCCGCUGAGACUAGGUUUUGUUGCUGGUGUCAUUAAUCGAGAGCGGAUCCCCACUUUUGAGAGGAUGUUGUGGCGCGUUUGCCGUGGCAAUGUGUUCCUUCGACAGGCAGAGAUUGAAAACCCAUUGGAAGAUCCAGUGACGGGUGACAGUGUUCACAAAUCUGUUUUCAUCAUAUUCUUCCAAGGAGAUCAGCUGAAGAACAGAGUGAAGAAGAUCUGUGAGGGGUUCCGUGCUUCUCUCUAUCCUUGUCCAGAGACCCCUCAGGAGCGCAAAGAAAUGGCUGCUGGUGUAAACACAAGGAUUGAUGAUCUGCAAAUGGUUCUCAAUCAAACAGAAGACCAUCGCCAGCGUGUCCUCCAGGCUGCAGCGAAAACAAUCAGAGUAUGGUUCAUCAAAGUCCGGAAAAUGAAAGCUAUUUACCAUACUUUGAACCUCUGUAACAUUGAUGUGACACAGAAGUGUCUGAUCGCAGAAGUAUGGUGUCCAGUAGCUGAUUUGGAUUCCAUUCAGUUCGCUCUUAGGAGAGGGACAGAACACAGUGGAUCAACUGUCCCUUCCAUCCUCAAUAGGAUGCAAACUAAUCAGACUCCACCAACUUACAAUAAGACAAACAAGUUCACAUAUGGCUUCCAAAACCUGGUAGAUGCCUAUGGUAUUGGCAGUUACCGAGAAAUAAACCCAGCUCCAUAUACAAUUAUUACUUUCCCGUUCUUGUUCGCUGUAAUGUUUGGUGACUUUGGUCAUGGCAUAUUGAUGACACUGUUUGCAGUAUGGAUGGUCGUGAGGGAAAGUCGGAUUCUGUCCCAAAAAUCUGACAAUGAGCUUUUUAACAUGGUGUUCAGCGGUAGAUAUAUCAUUCUGCUGAUGGGCUUGUUCUCCGUCUACACUGGACUGAUUUACAAUGACUGCUUCUCCAAGGCUCUGAACAUGUUUGGUUCCUCAUGGAGUGUUAGGCCCAUGUUCAACAGCCCAAAAGCUAACUGGACAGAAGAGCUUCUCAGGAGUACAUCAGUUCUGCAGCUGGAUCCAGCUGUAAAUGGAGUUUUUAAUGGCCCGUAUCCUUUUGGCAUUGACCCGAUUUGGAGCAUAGCAACCAACAAGCUUACCUUCUUAAAUUCGUUCAAGAUGAAAAUGUCUGUUGUCCUGGGUGUCAUACAUAUGCUUUUUGGGGUCACCCUUAGCUUACUAAACCAUAUAUACUUUAAGAAGCCCUUCAAUAUUUACUUGGGAUUUAUCCCAGAAAUGAUCUUCAUGGCGUCUCUGUUUGGAUAUCUAGUCAUUCUCGUCCUGUACAAGUGGUGUGCUUAUGAUGCCGCAACUUCCAAGAUAGCACCAAGCCUUCUCAUUCACUUUAUCAACAUGUUCCUCUUCAGCUACAAUAAUGAUACUGAUAGCAAAAACAAUAUUCCUAUGCUGUAUAGUGGACAGAAAGGACUGCAGUGUUUCUUGGUUGUCUGUGCUAUGCUCUGUGUGCCUUGGAUGCUGGUCUUAAAACCAUUUAUGCAGCGCCAACAGUACUUAAGGAGGAAACAUUUGGGUACGCAUAACUUUGGAGGUAUCCGCGUUGGUAACGGGCCCACGGAAGAAGAUGCCGAAAUUAUUCAGCACGACCAGCUGUCCAUGCACUCGGAAGAAGGCGAAGAGCUAUCCAGCCAAUUCUACUAUCAACAAGACUCUGUAGUGGUUACACCUGAUGAGUUAGAUAACGAUGAAGGUCAGGUUGCUAUGAUUGCUGUUCAGUCUUUUAAUUUUGGAGAUGUUGUGGUCCACCAGGCCAUUCAUACAAUUGAAUAUUGUUUGGGGUGCGUUUCCAACACAGCUUCUUAUCUUCGACUUUGGGCCUUGAGUUUGGCCCAUGCCCAGCUCUCUGAGGUCCUCUGGACUAUGGUGAUGCAUAUGGGCCUACAUGUAAAAAAUCUAGGUGGAGGCAUUCUCCUGGUAUUUGUGUUUGCAGCAUUCUCUGCACUGACUAUUGCCAUUCUGCUUAUCAUGGAGGGACUGUCGGCUUUCCUGCAUGCCCUCCGUCUGCACUGGGUGGAAUUUCAGAAUAAGUUCUACAUUGGAACAGGCUUCAAAUUCUUGCCGUUUUCAUUUGAGUGCAUUCGAGAGGGCAAAUUUGAUGACUGAUGUUGUAUUAAAUGUGUUCCUCACCCUCCCUAUAUUGUUUUCCUGUCCUAGUGCAUUGGUGUGACGCCUCAUCCAUCAAACUUUACAGACACCCUGUCCUAAACAGACCACUAAUUUGCCAGAGACCUCUCUGUUCAGUCAAUGGUCUACUAAAAAAUGGAGGAUGGGAAGCUCGCUAUGAGGAGUUGGCAAAAUCACAUGGCAAAUGUAGAUUGAAAAUACCAGUUUCAUAAUUUGCAGAUCGAAAUGUCAAUGCCUACACAUGUGCGUUUUCUUUUGCUGUUCUUAUCAUGUUCUACCUCAUUAUUUGUUCACUAAUGAUACACGGUAGUAAUUCUAUUAUUGCAGUAAUAUCCUCACACAAUUAUGCUUCAUAAUUGUCAAAACCGUGUUAUUUCCUUGAUUACGUCAUUGAUUUUGAGGAUGGUGGGGGGGGGUUGGGUUGGUCUGACAUAACAGUAGUAUUUAUUUACAUUUCUUGUAAAUGUACCCAAGGAGAUUGGUUAUCAAUACAUUUAAGUCCAUGCUGUUAACCAUGUUACUGUGAUAAAUAUUUGCCACUUUGAUUUGUGUUUUUUUCUAUAGAAUUGGAAAGACCAUUUGCAAUUUGUCAAUUUUACAAAAACAUUAUAAAACAAUAUAAAAAUGGUUUACGAAUAUGAGAUUUUUAGAUGAAAUGGUGCACCCAUCUUCCAUUUUGCUCAAACAUACGAGCAACCAUUCGAGGGCAGAACAACUGUUGUCCAUAGGAAUGAAUUAGAUUCUUCCUUUUAACCUAAAAUAUUGACAGUUUUGUAUAAACUGCAAAAUGGAAUCCAGUUUGAACUCAAAUGGUUGCUUUCACUUUAAGUAGAAGACAGGUAAACACUUAACUGACGCUCGUUUGAACCUUAUUGAAGUCCUAAGAGGGUAACAAAGUUUGAGCAAUUUACGUACAAGGAGCUUGACCCAUUGUAGCCAGAAACCAUCACUGUCCCUAUAUUGUUUACAUUAGUAAUGUCACACUGUAAUAAUAGAUGAGCUUGUUGUGACCCUGUUUUUGAUGCUGUGAAUCGGUGAAUGAAGUCUCCCUGCUUCUGGAAAUAAAUCUGUAAUUUAUGACAACCA